UGAUUCUGAGCUACUCUACCAAGACCAAGCUACUACUACUACUGUCACUGUGUUACUAGCCAGCUCAGGUACUCUCAACAUUCUCUGAUUCUGAGCUACUCUACCAAGACCAAGCUACUACUACUACUGUCACUGUGUUACUAGCCAGCUCAGAUCGGUUGGCAGAAUGUCUCUGCUGCUUUGUUGUUUUGUGAUGGCUCUGCACCUCUCAACAGGGCUGGAUGCUGCCCCGGGGGUGGUGAACACUACAGAGGAGGAGGUGGAAGGGGUGGACUCCCAGUCACCAUGCCCAGCCGGGUGGCAUCAGAAUGAGCAUCGCUGCUUCUCCUUCUACCCCGUCUGGGCCACCUGGGCCACUGCAGAGUUGUACUGCUCCCAGCACAGAGGGAACCUGGUGUCGGUUCACAGCCCGGGUCAACAGGUGUUUGUCCAGGAUCUGGUCAGGCGACACACAGACCAGCCGGUCUGGAUAGGAGGCUAUGAUGCAGCUCAGGAGGGGAUGUGGCUGUGGAGUGACGGAUCAGCUGUUGACAGUUUCUACUGGGAGGAGGAUGAGCCCAGUAACUCUGGACAGGGGGAGAACUGUAUGGAGCUACACACUGGAGGUGGGCAGGGCUGGAAUGACGUGUCCUGUGGAGAGCUGAGGUUCUAUGUGUGUUCUAUGGAGACAAGAUCUGGUUUAGCAUCAUUGCCAAGUCAGAAGAAAUCACACGAGAGAGAGCUGGUUGAAGAGGUGAGUAUUUAUGACGUCCUGUGGGAGACGAGUGAGAGAGUAGCAGAUGAGAUCCUCUACUCAGCCUUCCUCAGAGGGAUGUAUUCCAGACGUCUGCCUGCCCGCUGCUAUGCUGACUUCUGCCACCAGGAGGUGCUAUACCUGGACAGAGUCAUCACCAUGCUGCGGCUGCUGAUCAGAACAGUCCAGGGUCCUCCAGACAUCAUGAUGUUUCUCCAGAGAACACAUCAACGCUACCAGGAGUCUCUGAAGGAGGCCCAGAACCAAACUCCACCACACCUGAACCUGUCCUCCAUCCAGCCCUCUGCAGCUGUGCGUCAAUACCUCCAGAGCUUCCAUGACAUUGUGAAUGAGGAGCCCAUCUACUGGCUGGUGUCUCUGCUGCCCAGAGCCCUGCUCAGACCUUACCUGGCACAGAACCUGCCCCUGGGAGAGAGGACCAGACCAGGCCCCAGCCCCUGCCUCUACCCCUGGCUAAGUCUCUUCCCCUGCCCCUGCUACCAGUGGGGGGGAGAAGAGAUGAAGCCAGACCAGAGGAACCAGAAGGACAAGUCAGGGACAUAUUACAGGCAUCUACUGGAGAAGUACCAGGAUGUGAUAGACGUCUAUAAGGCUGUCAACAUCUUCAGAGUCCAGAUGAUCAACGAGAAGGCUCUCUUCACCUCCAGCUGGUUUCCCACUGGUGACGAGGAAGAAGAGGAGGACCAACCCAACCUGUGGUCUGUGGAGUCUGGUCCUGACGUUAGGGUGAAGCUGUAGCAGUGCAGCUGUAGAAUACAGGGAGCUGAGUGUGUAAGGCUGUGUGUUGUUGGUUUUCACACUGGGCAGGACUGUUCCUCUUGUCAGACAUAUUCUACUUUUAUGUUGGAAACUUCUCCAAAAUAACUACUUUCAGACUGUAUUAACACAAUAACAUAAUGAAUGCACACAUUUAAUAAUUGUCAACAAAGGGGCUACAAUAAAAUAAAAAACAUUUAGGUAAUAAAAUCAUAGAAUGAAACUGUG